AUGGACCGACCGUUUAACAUUGAGGAUCAUGAGAUCACCGUACCCGUAAGUGUCUCUCCCGAUGUCGCAGAGUCACAGCAAUAUGAAUCAGAAACUUAUAUCAUUCGCAAUCAGAGCCCUGAAGAAUAUCUGGAUGGUUCAUCCAGUAUGAAAAACAUUGUGGCACGCAAGUCUAUAGCACAUGCUAGGCUUAUGUCAACAGUUCGUGAUGGGGCAUCAAAUAGCGUUCUCUUUCACUAUAGCAACAUAUGUUACUGGAGAGAUUCAUUUCGAGGCACCAAGGUGCAAGCCUCUAAUUCAAAUUUCAGUCGAAAAUUCGCUAUGCAACUAUCAAGCAGAGCCAUGGUCGAGAUGUUGAAGUCGAUCGGUUCCACGCACAUUGAGCCGAGUAUGAUCCAUGACUCUCAAGCCAUAACGAAGGAUAUCAUCGCAACCUGUUCGGAGUAUAUUGAGGAUGAGUAUCGAAGCUCCGAGCGCGGUGAAUUCAGUGGUGGAUUUGUGGAAGCACAUGAUAUAUUCACAGCAGGUAUUAUUAUCUGCCUCACUGAGAAUCCCCCAACUCAUUUGCAGACUUAG